CGUAUGCAAAAAAUGUGAGCUGUACUUGUAGACGUGUGAAUGUGUAUUAUGGCAGUUAUCCACUGGGGGGCGUCAUAGAUCUCGGCUGAAGAAAACGUGAAGGCUACAAAACAUUAGACAUCUGAUCUGAUCACCCGGGCUUGAAAAGUUUAUGGAGUGAAUUUCAAGGGAAGACAUCUUUAAUUCACUUUUUUGUUUGUUGAGUGUAUGCUUCUUUUCUGUCCACAUCACAGUUUUAUCAUGCAGACACCGGAUUUAGAGGAGACAGACCACAGAGUGGUGCUCCGCAACGAGAAGUUCCUGAAUAUUCUGGAAGAAGUGAUGGAACUCAACUGGCUUCAUGGCAAAACCCAGCCGGAGAAGAAAGAAUUGCUUGUAAAGACCCUUCCCUCGAUUGCUUCUGGUGCCGUGGAAAACAACGAUUUCAUCUCUCUUCAAGUCCUCCUAGAACAAAUGGAUGUCAAUUCUGGAGGCUACGAUAAAAAAACCCUUCUCCAUACAGCCUGUCAGGUGGGAAAUGGGGAAAUGGUAAUGUUCCUACUGGACAAUGGGGCUUCAUCUCAGUCCGAGGACAGGACAAUGUCAAAGGACAAAGGACCUCAGUCUGGACAAUGCCCAAUGUACUCGGCCAUUAAGAACAGGCAUUUUACAGUAAUCGAGCUCCUGCGGUUGAAAGGAUUCACUGUGAACCUACUGCCAGUGAGAAUUGCCAUGGAAAUGAUCCAAGCAGUACAGAAGAGAGAUUAUGCACUACUGCAUGCCUGGUUUCUGUCAGGGGUGGACAUGGACACCACUGACUACAGUAAGCGGACAGCAAUGCAGGAGGCUGAUCGCUUAGGUGAUAACACCAUGAUCUCCAAGCUAUUGGAGUAUGGAGCCAAGCCACUGAGCUACGUCCGGCAAGGAUCGUCCAUUGGCUACACCGCUGAAUGA